AGCACAACCAAAACCAACAUUGGUCAGAGAAUAUACUUAUCGCAACUUACAUUGCAUGUCGAGGAGGCCAUGCUUCAAUGUUUUUUUCUUUUCUUCCGUUGCAUGCCUAUACUAUUACUCCGAAUCUUUCUUUUCCUUAUCGCCCCUCCCAGAUUUCUUCCUGUUCACAACAAGAUUAAUUCAUUCGAGCGUUUUACUACAUUUUAAUACCGUAUACAUCGUUCUUGUAGAUGUCAUAUCUAGAAAACUCCCCACAAUCUCAUCUUUAGAUAUCGUUCUUUUUCACGCACUCCCAAUGAUUGUCUUCAUCAAUCCGUAGAACAAUUUAAUCCUCUUAAUAGUCCACGACACUUCAUAUGCAAAAUAAGUUUAUUGAUCGUAAAUUCGUAACGAAUCUCGCUUUAAAAUUCACUAUGAUGAGUCGUUCGUCUAUGCAUACACGAUUGUCAUUUAACAAGAAAUUGCAAUUUGCACAUACAAAUUACAAUGGUAGGUAUUUUCUAUUCUCCCGCGGCCGCAGCUCGCAAUUAGUGGUUGGUGGAGACUUGGACUACAAGUUUUACUAUUGACCGACUUUUCAUUUUUUUUAGUUUUUACCAGUAACAAAAACGAGAAAAAAAAACGGUACGGACAAAUUGGAUUGGAAGAGAAACACCCGCCAUUCAAUUCGUCCACUCGUUCUUGAUCUUCUCCAUUUGCUUCAGUUCCCCCCUCUCCUCCUUUCAGGAUGCAGCUCACUACUCUACCCCGCCCGCCCGCCAUUCCUCUUCCAAACCCUAAAUUCCGGCGCUUUUACAGUCCCCAAUCAUCGGGUUUCUUUCCCAGGCCGCCGCCCACUGUUUGUUGUUUGCUCACGCCCCGCCGCAUUUACGCCGCCGCUCCUUUCUCUUCCGGAAGAAGGAACUUUGGGGAUCGGUUUCCGGCCAAUUGCAUUGGGGCGAGCCAGGAGAGCGUGAGUGGUGGAGAGGAUGGAGAGUUGUCGGUGGAAAUGGCGGCGGGAAGCGUGGAAGGGCUGGAGAAUCAGAGUUUUUGGAAUCAAAUCAAGGAGAUUGCCAUGUUCACGGGGCCUGCUACUGGGCUUUGGUUGUGUGGGCCGUUGAUGAGUCUCAUUGACACUGUGGUCAUUGGUCAGGGGAGCUCCAUUGAGCUUGCAGCUUUAGGACCUGGGACGGUGUUCUGUGAUUAUAUAUGUUACGUGUUCAUGUUUCUCUCGGUUGCUACUUCAAAUUUGGUUGCGACUUCCCUCGCCAGACAGGAUAAAUCGGAAGUGCAGCAUCAAAUAUCGAUACUUUUGUUUGUUGGAUUGAUAUGUGGGGUGUUUAUGCUUUUCUUCACGAGGUUCUGUGGUUCGUGGGCACUUACUGCUUUUGCAGGACAGAAGAACCUUGAUAUAAUACCCGCAGCAAAUACUUAUGUGCAGAUUCGAGGCUUAGCGUGGCCCGCAGUUCUUGUUGGAUGGGUUGCUCAAAGUGCUAGUCUUGGAAUGAAAGAUUCGUGGGGUCCUUUGAAAGCUUUAGCAGUUUCUACUCUUGUUAAUGGUGUUGGUGAUAUAGUCCUCUGCAGAUAUUUAGGCUAUGGUAUAGCUGGGGCAGCAUGGGCAACAAUGGUGUCCCAAGUCGUUGCAGCCUUUAUGAUGAUUGACACUCUGAACAAGAAAGGCUACAAUGCAUUAGCAAUAUCUGUUCCGACGUUUGAUGAUCUUCUGCGCAUACUUGGGCUUGCUGCUCCAGUGUUUAUUACAAUGACAUCAAAGGUCGCAUUUUAUUCCUUCAUCAUUUACUUCGCCACAUCUAUGGGCACACAUGUGGUGGCAGCUAAUCAGGUCAUGAGCCAAGUAUUUGGCAUGUGUGGUGUGUGGGGUGAGCCUAUCUCCCAAACUGCUCAAUCUUUUAUGCCCGAGCUAAUAUACGGAUCCAAUAGGAAUUUGUCAAAGGCACGAUCGCUGCUGAGAUCCCUAGUCAUAAUUGGAGCAGCUCUUGGAUUCACAUCAGCAGUCAUUGGUGCAUCUAUUCCUUGGUUUUUCCCAAAUCUCUUCACUCCUGAUCAAAAAGUAGUAAACCAGAUGCAUGGAGUGUUGCUUCCAUUCUUUAUAGCGUUGGCUGUGACUCCAAGCAAUCACAGUCUAGAAGGGACAUUGAUGGCUGGACGAGAUCUCAAGUUCCUUAGCCUGUCAAUGAGUGGAUGCUUCACUGUGGGUGCUCUAUUAGUAAUGGCUGCAAGCAGCAAAGGAUUCGGCUUACCGGGAUGCUGGUUUGCCCUCGUAGUGUUCCAAUGGUCUAGAUUUGGUCUUGCACUCCAGCGACUAGUAUCUCCCACUGGCAUAUUGUUCUCAGACGACAUGAGUCGAUAUAAGUUCGAGAGAUUGAAAGCUGCUACUUAGCUUUUUACAGCACGGUGCAGGAAACCCACAUUCAUCGUUACAGUUUACAGAAUCUUACUGGGAGCACUUGUGGCAUUGUUUGAUCAGAUGACUGAAGAAACACAGCAAAGUGCUCCCUACAAACACGAACGAUACGCGAAAAAACGUUGUGAAUCACGUUGAUGUUGUAAUACUGAUAGGUUGAUUGUUUAGCGAAAUCCCAAAUCUGUAAAGGGAGAGAAGGGAAUACAUCCUCGCCACUAGCAGUCACGUUGUAAUAGUUGGAGAAAAUAAGCUGGAAUGGAGCUGCUAGCUUUGCUUCGAAGUUGAGACUUUUUUUGUGUUCAGUUGUACCAGUUUGUUGUAGAAGGCCAAGAAAGAGCAGGAAAACUUGACAGAUUGUUUCGCAGGACGACAAGGUGUGGAGAAAUGCAGCGGCGGGAAAUUGUAUCAAGCAAACUUGGUCUUUCACGACCAGGAUCGUCGACGGCCAAAAGGAGUCGAUUCAACGCAAACCGGAGGGAAAUGAUGGGAAACAAACAUAUCUAAGAAAGAUACUCUGUUGACGGCGACGGCGGCGGCGGAGGUGGUAGAACUUUUGCCUGUAUAAGGUGGCGCGAAAAGACGUGUGUUAUGAAUUUAGGAGCGCGAUAAAUUGACGAAAGGGACAAAUUGACGAAAUAUUACAAAAUGAUUAAAUAUUGUGAUUUUGUACAACAUUUGAUAUAUUUCUUUGGGGGAAAAAAGGGUGAUAUAAUGAUUCGAAAUUGUAAAAACAAAAAAAACUCAUGGAAAGGAGGAAAGUUUAUGGGAAGUUAUACGAACACACGAGGAAAAGAUGAUGCCAUAAAAAUUCAUGCUAAAAUGCAGAAGGAAAAAAAUAAAUGAGAAAAAAAUUCAUGCCAUAAAAAUUCAUGUUCGUAUGUCUGCCACUCUGCUCCACCUUUGUUUCCUUCCUUCCUUCCUCGCUGGAUCUAAAUUUCACGUGACUAGCCCCGAAAAGAAAGGAUUGAACUACCGUACUGUAUCGUACCGACGAUUCGAUCAUAAAAUACCGUACCAUACCGACGGUAUUUACGAUAUUAAGUGGUUGAACCACGAUUUCAGCAUAAAAUACCCUAUUGCUUGCUUUUUCGGUACAACCUCCGGUACGAUAUUUCAAUCCUUACUAAAAUGUCCUUGUUAUAGUUUCUAGAAUGUUGUAAGUACACUAUUCCACAUACUAUACAAGUCGCCUUUGACGGGGGAGGAAAAAUGCAUGUGGAAGUGAUGCAAAUAGAAGUAAAGAAACGUGGUUAUAUUGUUUAUUUCAUAAGAGAAUUUUUGACAAAAUGGUUGUUGGAGGGAGAUUGACAGAGUCGGUGGUGUGAAAUGUAAAUUUUUUUUCUUUGUGUUAAAAAAAUGUCAGAGCACACGAUAGCUGCAUCGGGCGGCGGUGGCCCGACACACGUGCGAAGCGGAUUUUUACCUACUGUGCAAGCCGCGUGUUGUUUUUUUCCGGUUGUGAAUGAGGCUCCGAUUUUUAGGCACAUUUUGGCACACAUUUCCUCGAUGAGAGCAACCCUAAAUUUCGGUAUUAAUUAUCGUACGAUAUUAUGAGAAUUUUUCCACUUCGUUCAUAUAUCAGUUAAAACGCUAAAGCGUCUGUCUUUCUACUAAAAAAGAGCGGACCAC